AUGUCUCAACUCCACAACACUACUUCUCACCUCAACGUCGAGCCUUCGUCCUCCAAUCAUAAGGGCGUUGUAUUUUCAGCCUCACAACUAGAAUUGCUUGAGAAAUUUGUAAAUUAUGUCAAAUCAAACCCUCAAAUCAUUCGGGAACGUGAAGAAUUCAAAUUCUUUAGAGAUUUUCUGAUUCAUGAUUGUGGAGCAACCAAGUUGAUUACGGAUCAACAUCAUCACAAAGAAGAUCCUAAUGAUAGGGUUCAGGAGGAGAGUCCAAUGGCCAUCACUCCCAAACAUUCAAAACCCUUGAUUCUAGAAGUGGACCAUCAUUCAUCUCAAGCAGAAAAUUCGUCAUACAAUCCUCAGCAUCAGAACAACGACGUGGGUUUGAGUAAUGAACCAUUGUUGACACCCUCUCAAACAAAACGGUUGACAAACCCACCACAAGUGAACUCCUCCUCAAAUCUUUCAACAACGACCACUUCUCAACCAACCAUCCUUCCUCCUUCCAAUGUAAAUACCAAGCAAGAAAUGGACGCUACCAUUUCAUCACCAACUUUGUCACUUUCUGACUCUAAAUAUUUAAACAAUAUGAAUGCUUCUCCAUACGUCGAGUUUGGAAAUUCAAGCAUUACAAAGAAUGUAAAACUGGCCAAUGAAUAUACAAGCAAAGGAAAUCAACUUUUCAAAGAGAAGCAAUAUGAGCUAGCAGCCAUUCACUAUGGAAAGUCAAUCGAGCUACAAAAUGGAGAAUCUGCAAUAUUAUUUAUCAAGAGAGCAGAAUGUAUGGCCAUGUUAAAUAAGCCUUUGAGCGUGAGAAGAGAUUGCGAUGCAGCCAUAUCAUUGAAUCCAGAUGCAGGUAAAGCCUAUCGAUUAAGAGCUAAGGCUUAUAUAGUGUUGAGAAAGUAUGAGCAAGCAAGGAAUGAUUUGGAAAUGAGUCGAAAGUUAGAAGAUGAUACCAGUGAAGCAACCAAGUUGUUGAAAGAACUUGAAAAAGUAUUACCUCAUGGUGUAAUGACGAGUAGCACUUCAUCUAAACCUCCCACUCCGGAGAAGAAAAUAUCCAAUACUUCCAAGUCUUCGACAUGUCAAACUUCAGUACCAUCCUCCUCCUCCUCCUCAACAUUGUCAAAUGCAUCCAAUAUAUCAUCAAGCAAUUCAAAACCAACCCCAACAGAAACAACAAGUCAAAAACCAACCAUUCACACCAAGCCACAACCAGAGCCAGAACCAUCUAACAACAAUAAUGUUCCAAAUUUUGUAAAUCCUCAAGUCAUGAAAUUAGUGGCUCAAGAUGAAACACUCAUGAGAGGUUUCCAAAAUCCAAGAAUUGUCAAUGCUAUUAAUGAAAUUGCUGUCAAUCCAAAUGCAUUCAUGAAAUAUAAUAAUGAUCCAGAAGUUGUCACCAUGUUCAAGAAAUUUACACAAAUUAUUGCAAAUUCAAAAUAA